AAUCACGUGACUUUGGUAGUUUUGAAUCCCUGGUUAGAAACAAAUGUUUAGCUGAUCUUUCGAAGCUUCACGAAGCGUUCCGAAACCGCCUAUCAGCUGUCACUAUCUUACAGUAACACACACACACACACACACACACACACAGUGAGAGACGGCAUCAUGGCGAUCAGGUGGGGAAUCUGCAGCGCUGGAAAAAUCAGUAAUGACUUCACAGUGGCACUGAAGACUCUCCCGCCGGAACAGCAUCAGGUGGUGGCUGUUGCUGCACGUGACCUGAAGCGUGCGCAGGAGUUUGCGCAGAAGCACAGCAUCCCACACGCAUACGGCAGCUAUGAAGAGCUGGCCAAAGAUCCAGAGAUCGACGUGGUGUAUGUGGGCACCAUCCACCCUCAUCAUCUGUCGGUGGGCGCUCUCUUCAUGAACGCCAAGAAGAACAUCCUGUGUGAGAAACCGCUGGCCAUGAACCUGAAGGAAGUUCAGGAACUGAUCGCCACAGCAAAGAAGAACGACGUCUUCCUCAUGGAGGCCGUUUGGACCCGUUUCUUUCCGGCCUCUGUGGAGAUCAGCCGGCUGCUGUCCCAGAAGGAGGUGGGUGAGGUGAAGGUGGUGCAGGCGGAUUUCGGCGUGCCUCUCAUGCAUGUGGUGCGCGCCGUGCAGAAGGACCUGGGAGGAGGCGCUCUGCUCGACAUCGGCAUCUACUGCCUGCAGUUUGUGCUGAUGGUGUUUAACGGAGAGAAACCGGAGUGUGUUCAAGCAACUGGAUUCUGUCUGGACACUGGUGUAGAUGAAGCGAUGAUCAUCACGCUGAAGUUCUCUGGACACAGAAUGGCCGUCUGCACCUGCACAAUCGCCGCUGAGCUUCCAAACGAAGCCAUAAUCGUCGGUACCAAAGGCACCAUCAAGAUUCCAGCUCACAUGUGGUGCCCGACGUCUCUGAUCGUGAACGGUGUGGAGACUCAGUAUCCGGUGCCUGAACCCGGCCUUCCUCUCAACUUCAUCAACAGCACAGGCAUGCGUUACGAGGCAGAAGAGGUCCGACGCUGCCUGCUUAAAGGUUUGAAGGAGAGUUCACGCAUGUCUCACGCAGACUCUGCGCUGCUGGCUGAGGUCAUGGAUGAAGCCAGGAGACAGGUGGGCGUGGUCUACAGCCAGGACAGCCAAUGAGCUUCCACUGUCAUUAAAAUAGGUCAAUAAAAGGUGUUUGGUGCUCUUUUUUUAUUGGUUCAGCUACAAAAUAAAACUAACAGUUUUAUACUGUUGACAUCA